CAAACAAUGGCUGCUCCAGUGAAGAAGCGAGGUCCGACCGUGCUGGUCACGGACGCGCGCGAACAGCAGCCUCAGCGACCGGCUCCUCUACCUCGUACUGCCACGACCAAACUCAUAUCUGUCGACAACGUUUUGCAGUUCUCCUCGGACAUUCCCUCCGCCCAAAGACGUGGUCCUCCUGGCGGCUUCAGACCCGCACAACAUACGCGCACUCCCAGCGGCCGACAUCCUCUGGAGCCGAAGUUAGCAGGUCGCUCUCUCGCCAUUCCCGUCGGAGGCCCUCACAUCCCAGCCCGAAGCUCCAAAGUCAGCGAGAAGCUCGUUCUGCUGCCCGAGACCAGCGAAAAGACUCCAUCAGAGGAGGACGAAGACGAAGAUGAUGCCCCACCCUCAGAUGAACAGAUCCGCCGCCGAAAAUCUCCCAGGAACGGUGACAAGAGUUAUGCCGAGCGCCUGUCAAAAGCAAGUCGCGCAGACAAACUGGCCAGAGUGACGGCUUACUGCACUGCUCAGAGCUACCGUCUACGUGCCACAGCAGACUUUGUACGAGAACAACACGGCGCCCGCACGAAACUCUACGACGAUUGUCUGUAUGCUGUAUACCAGCUUCCUCUUCUCGGUGGUAGCGAUGGCUACCGCAUCCGCAGUAGUCCUGUCUUGAAGAACCCUGGAGGUAGAAGCAUCCUGGACGAGCAGAUUGAAGCCAACGAGCGCCGCGAUCACCGAGAAGGCUGGAUGGAGGAGAGCGAUGAGUACACGGUCCACGGUAAUGCCCGCGACCAUGAAGAACCAAACUUCCGCCGUCACAGCCACUCGAGCGAUCUCUCAAGUGGAGGACACGGCACUAUUGCUGAUGCUUUAUCUGUCGCCGAACUCUAUGUCUUCAGCUACGGUGUUGCCGUCUUUUGGAAUUUUACUGCCCAUCAAGAGAAGGAUAUUCUGGCCGACUUGACUUUCAGCAGCUCCUCGAACAUCCCUACAAAGCUUAGCAGUACUUCUACACCUACCUUAACUAACACCUUGGGCCUGGUGUCACGCCCACUCAGCGAAGCCGACUUUGAGACUGAAGACUUCCACUUCGAAUACAACGAUGAGAUUGACAAGCCGCGCAUAUUCAACGAUAUGAUCACACUACGUACAAACGAUCAUAUGAUCAAGUUGGCCAUGAGCCAUGCCAUCUCACAAUCAACCAAGCUCAGCUACUUCGAAGAACGAAUGCAACGCACCAUGUCAGAGGCCCAAUACGUCCCUCGCAAACUAGCUCUCGAAGGACAGCUCGGUAUGAGUCGAAGUCAGGUUGUCAGUCUUGUCGGCAAACUCUUCCAAGGUCGUGUCGACGUCAACCUCAGCUCGAAUAUGCUCGACACGCCGAACUUCUUCUGGGACAGCGAACCCACGUUGUUACCCCUCUACGCCGCCGUCCGCGAGUACCUCGAGAUCAAACCACGCAUUCAAGUCCUGAACGAACGAUGCAAAGUCUUUUUAGAUCUAGCCGAGAUCCUCUCUGACGCCAUUGCCGAUACGAAGAUGACCAAAAUCACAUGGAUUGUUAUUGUCUUGAUUGUAAUAUCAAUUCUGGUCACAUGCUCAGAAGUCAUUCUGAGAUUCGCCAUUCUGAGCAAGGGUGAGGGGCAAGGCGCUGCAAGCCCGAGUCCGAGAGAGCUUUGA